AUGCGGAACCGCCAAAUCGGCGUCAUCGCCGUCGCUGUGCUCCUGAUAUUCUGCCUGUGGUCGAUCCUCCAGACCACAGCAGACCAGACUCGUCUGCCGAGCAAGAUCCUCGUGGGCUCUGGAAACGCUGAGAAGAGCAGCUCUAGCAGCCCCAGUGGCGACAAGAAGGAGGUCAACGACGGCAGUAGCAGCAAUACCAGCAGCGAUAAGUCUCAAGAAGAUACAGCCACAUCAGAUGCCAACAAUGUCACUGCUACGAUGCCGGUCGUGGUCUUCGACGACAAGCCAUUCCCGACAACGAAGCCAAAGCCCGCUCCACAUGGACAGCACCCGAUCGUGCAUCUAGUCACCACCGCCGAGAAGGAGCUCGAAGCGCUCAGGGCGCGCCAGUCAAAGACGCUCGAGGAGGCCGUGGCCGAAUAUCGUCGCCGCUAUGGCAUCCCCCCGCCGCCCAACUUCGACAAGUGGUGGAAGUUCGCCCAGAGCAAGAACGUGCAAUUGAUCGAUGAGUUCGAUAUGAUCCACGAGAUGCUGACGCCGUUCUGGGGCAUGAAGCCGGCAACCAUCCGGGCUCGAGUGCGCGAGAUUCUCGGCUACAAGGAUAACCAAUUAAUUGGCGUUCAGAUCCGUGGAGGCAACAUGUCGCUAGUGCAGGGCGGUUUCAACUGGAAUCAGUGGCUGCAUCCUGCCCUGCGGGGGAUGACCCAGGACUUCGUGCAGUACCUGCCCGAUAUGGAUAUUGCUUUCAACAUCAACGAUGAACCCCGCGUCGUCGUGCAACACGAAGACCUGGCCCGCCUGAUCGAGACCGCCCGUAACGUUGCCAUGCCUGCCGCCAACAAAACCGCCACACUCCGUAACGCCUUCACUGAGCAUCCGGACGACCUCAACUACGACGACCGCUUCGAAGAGGUCAAGACAACCCGCUUCAACACCUUCUCUCACCAGCCUGUCUGGGUUCAUUCUCGCAUGUCCUGCUCUCCAGAUUCCCCCGCUCGCAUCAUCGACGAGACUGCCCAAUACGACGACGAAGAAAAGUUCCUCCUCGGCGAGCUCGGCUUCGUGAGCAACUGGACCGCCAUGUCAGACAUCUGCCUCUCUCCCUCUCUCCGCACGCGCUACGGCUUCUUCGAGCGCCCCAACUCCUACACAACGGCCUACGACCUUGUCCCGAUCUUCUCCCAAUCCAAGAUCUCCUCCUAUGCCGACAUCCUGUACCCCUCUCCCUGGUACUGGGUCGAUAAGGUCCCCUACAAUGAAGAGAAGGACCUCGCCUGGACCGAUAAACGCGAUGCGCUCUACUGGCGCGGUUCCACGACCGGCGGCUUUUCCCGCGCAGGCGGCUGGCGCCGGCAGCAUCGCCAACGCGUAGUCCGUAAGAUCAAUGCGCACGACAACGCCUUCAUCCUGGCCGAGUCCAAGCCAGGAGAGUGGAAGACCAAGGAGGUACCCCGCCAGGACUACGCGCAGCUUAUGGACGUGUAUUUCUCGCACAUUGGCCAGUGUGACCCGUCGGACUGUGACGCGCAAAAGGCUUUUUUCGAUGUCAAGGAGUAUGCAAAGCAGGAGGAAGCGUUCAAAUACAAGCAUGUGCUGGACAUGGAUGGGAAUGCGUUCAGCGGGAGAUUUUAUGCGCUCAUGCGCAGCAGGAGUCUGGUGUAUAAGUGGGCGAUCUUUAGGGAGUGGCAUGCGGAGUGGCUCAAGCCGUGGGCGCACUUUGUACCGAUGAGCUUGAGGGGUGAUGAGUGGCUUGAGCUGGUGCGAUUUUUUGGCAGUGGGGAGAGCGAAGAGGGACUGAGGAUGGCUGAAGAAAUUGCCAUGCAGGGUCGUGAGUGGGCUGAGAAGGUUGUCAGGAAAGAAGAUAUGGAGGUUUGAUACGGCCGUGUCAUCGACGACAAUCGGGAGACGAUCGGAUAUGCUGGUUGA